CAUAACCACGUUCGGACUUCGGAGUGGAAAAAAUAGUGACAGAGAAACGAGAGAGAAGCGUGGUCUGGAAGAAGAAAGUCUAAAGAUAACACGAAAAGUUUCACAUUCGUUUUAUCUUCGUAAAAAUCGCGCAUUUGGCACGUGCCACGUGGACAGAGAACGAAGCAAAAUGUGUAGUCUCUGGAUGGGCAAUCUAGAGCCUUACAUGGACGAGAGCUUUAUUACGCGGGCCUUCAGCACCAUGGGUGAGUUGGUGAAGGCAGUGAGGAUCAUUCGCAACAAGCUUACCGGGAGCACUGCUGGAUACUGCUUUGUGGAUAUGCCCGACGAGGUGGCGGUAGAGAGGUGCCUCCGAAAAAUCAAUGGGAAACCUCUUCCGGGGGCAACGCCGCCCAAGAGGUUCAAGUUGAAUCGGGCCAAUUAUGGGAGGCAGGGAGAUAACAGCCAGUCCUUCUCCCUGUUUGUUGGGGAUCUGUCUCCAGAGGUGGACGACGGGAUGAUGUAUGAAUUCUUCUUCAACCUCUACCCAACCUGCAGUGGGGUGAAAGUGGUGCAGGACAGCAUGGGCAACUCCAAGGGCUGCGGGUUUGUGCAGUUCCCGGAUCAGAGGGGGCAGAAAAAGGCCCUGGCGGAGUGCCAGGGGAUCAGGGGCCUCGGGAGCAAGCCACUACGCCUGAGCCUGGCCAGCAACAAAAUUGUCUCCUGCCCAGUUACACCUCAUCUGUCUUCCUGCAGAAAUGUCAACAGCUCCUCAGAAGGCAAGCGUUCCCAGACAUAUUCUUACACCUACAGCCAAAACCAGUACCAGCAACAGAACUCACUCAGCGCUUACUACUCAAACUGGGGCUACGAUCAGAACUACGCCUACACUUAUGACCAGGUUGAGCCCACACAGAGCUCCACACAGACUUGCGAGGAGGUUGAAGAUGAUGGUCUGGAAGACCCCAACCCCAUACUGGACCUGCUGGAGGCCAACAGGCUCUUCAUGGACCGGAGUGAAGAGCUGUACGAUGCUCUGAUGGACUGCCACUGGCAGCCCCUGGACUCGUGCUCGGAAACCCCCGACAGUGACACGUUCAGCACAGAGGACAUGGCCUACCCUCUCAGUCAUGUAACUCUGGCUUUCAGCUGGGAUGGCCAGUAUUACUAGUUUUAGUACUGGUUCUCCUGCCAAAUUCUGCCCAUGUGCCUUUUGGGGAUCAAUAGGGACCUGUUAAAGCCUUCCUUUGCCUGAGAAAUGAUGAAGGAAGAAUAUUUUUUUUGAAGAACAUGGAAACUGUCCUUGCAGUUUUGUUGAAGAUGCAUCCCUUGCUGCUGCCACUAUUGUACACUUAUUUGCUGGCCUUGGCUGAGGGAAUGAGCCGAUCGGACAAGGCCUCCUCUGUUUUGCUGGAUGCUAUUUUGGUUUCAAUUGUAUAAGUUUAAUCCCCAUCUUGAUUGUGAUGCAUGCUUUUAUACCAACUGCUAUGGAGGGAACUCUGCAGCCGUAGUAGGUCCAAUCCUCCACUGCACUCUCGCAAGCCACAGACUUUUCCGCACUGUGACACAUUAUCUUAUAGGAGACCGAGCUGUAGCUUGGAUACCAUUUACUGACAGCUGGUAUCCUGUAGGUGCUGGUGGCUAUUUGGGCACACUACUUAUUUAGUAGGAACCCUCUGGAGCCUGACUGAUGUCAGUCUAAUCUACUCUUGUGGGACAAAUCCUGCCCUGCCACUGUGGGCCCCCCUUCAUGGUUGAUGAGUGAAAACCCAAAUGUACAUGUUCUUUUACUGACUUGGCCACUAGGGCAGGGUUGUCAAACUCCAGUCCUGGAGGGCCAAGUUUACAUGACUUAUUGGCUAAAGAGGCCUUAUUUGUGUAUUUAUUUGCACUUGUUGCCUUAAUUGGCUGCUGAUUGAAAGUAAAUCUCAAAUGCCUGCAAUACUGCGCUCCAGGACUGGAGUUUUGACACUCCCUGCACAUUACGGUGUGCAGUUUGAUUGGGAUAAUGCUCUCCUAUGUGUCUGGUGUUUCUGUGGCUUAUGGACAUCAAAAGGGAAAAACUAUCAUAGCGGUGUUGACCGUGCAAACUGUGCAUACCUCCCUCCCCUUGUGUCCGUGUCUCCUGUUAUGUGGUCAACAUGUUUUGGUUUUGUGUGGCAGAGAAAAUGCUGGUGUCUCCAUCACAGCUGGUCACGUUCAGGGAUGUAUGAAUUCAGCUGCUAUGUUGAUGAUGAUGCUACUUUGAUUGACAGGGUUUUUUUUUGGGUUUUUUUAUGAACUGAAGACUGAACUGGGAGGAAACAAUAAGAUUCUGUUUUCAAACAAAAUAAUACCAUGUCCAUUUUUUGGUUGCAAUUGCUCUCAUGUGAGAAGUAAAUGUGUUUGGAAGCGAGCGGUUUUGAGUGGUCUUUGGAAUGAGUGCCCCUGUCAGCAGUUACUUUAUUCUUCUUGAAUGUCCUUUGAGUGUAGAUACCACUGUAGUACCACUCAUCUAGGUCUUAAGUGUACAGUACACUUAAUUUUUUCGAGCAGGCUUACAUUUAUUGGAUUUUACAUGAUGUCAUUGAUUUUACAUGAUGUAAAUUCAGGUUAAUUUCUGUUAAGGUCAGUGUUAAAGGGAACACCAGUGGUGUCAUGUCGGAUCUGUAACUAACUGCAAGCAAGUCAAUAAUGCACCUGGAAGUAUGCUUUUCUUUGGUUCUUUCAUAUUCAUAUGCCGUCGAUUCCCAUAACCUUUUGGUGAGCAGACUACACGUGGGCUACAAAUACAGUUUUUGUUGAUUCGGCUGGUCUGUUUCCUUCCUAUCCCCUCCCUGUGUCAUGUGAGUUGAGUAGUGAGAUGGCGCUCAAUUACCCUGGUCCAGCUGAGAGGCACGAGUUCCACACUGCUCCACACUGGUUUAAAUUUUACGGACGUUAUGUUUGAAUCGAGUGAAAUCAGUUUUGGGGGGUGGGGGAGGAAACCCAUUUUCUAACAUGACAGGCAAAUAUUGUCACUUUAGAGGUUUAGUUUAGCCUACCAAAAAUUUGGAGAUAUUGUUUUGUACAAGUCUAUAGUAUUUCCAUUUCUCAAGUGCAAAUAAAAAUGGUGUAAAACUUCA